UGUGUUUUAAAAUAGUUUUUAAGCUUUAACUAUUUUGUUUAUGUACACAAAUGCACUGUAAUGUAUUUUUUGUAAUUUUGUCUAUGGGAUGAUGCAGCAGAGCAACUAGCGUGAGAAAAUAUUUUGGGAGUCCUCGAUUUUGAUGUCGAUUUGAAAAGAGACAGAUCAAGGGAAGUCCCGGGUUAUGUGUGUACAGGGUUCUUUCAUGUAUUGUAAUUUGUUCUGUGAUUGGCUGGUGUUGGAGGGAGCGUUUGAUACUGUGAUUGGCCGAAAGUUACAUAAUGGUGCAAUCCUUGGUCUCGCCUGAGACCAGUGUGCCGUGGUUUUUUAGUCAUAUACUGCAUUGCGACUGAGGAGGUAGGUAUUUAAGUAGGUGGCUCAAAACAUUAUGAUAUUAUGAAGAGUUAAGAGAGUAAAUUUCGCGGCUGUGGUCCGGGCGCAACCGGUUUAUAAUCAACCUUAUUUUAGUUUUUUUUGGACAUAAAUUAGAAUUUAGUGACUACAGUCGUCGGUAAUCGCCCAAAACAUGACUUAGUUAAAUUCGUCAUUGUUUCCGAGGACAUUGUCCUUUGGCAUUGUACCGAAAAGUUGAGUGCAACUGCGGGACUUAACUUCGAACUGUUUUUAAUAUUCAAUUUUCGGCCAGUCAGUGUGUGAUUCAAAUUAAUGAAGCGUAUUCGUUGCGAGUAAGGAAAAUACUGUUUCAAUGUGGUCGCAAAAUGGCGGCAAAUAUCUCGUGAAUUUGUAUGGUAUAAAUAAAUAAAAAGUGAAAAACAUUGUUAUGUACGAGAGACAUCAUUGAAAUUCAACAUCGCCCAUAACUAAUAUUCUGAGGGAAACAUAACCUCACUUUUUCAGCGUCCUAGGUUGCAAGUGUAUCCUGUAAGGUGUAAGUUAUCCUUCAAAGACUGAAACGUGAAAUAGUUGAGCUAGUCCGGGAAUCUUUGGAGUGUAACAAGGUCAUGUAAAAUUUUAUUUUCUCUGAUUGAAGACAGCAACUGUUUUUUUUUGUUAUAAACAUUCUUUAUAGAACUUUGUAGGUUAUAAUGUAAAUGGAACUAUAGGGGGAAAAGUUAAAUCUGAACCGUCUCUGUUAUCGCUGUGUGCAUGGGCUGCCUUCCCCUUUACCGCCCCUUAGCGCAACGACAGUGUCUGGAGGGGAAGGUGUGGCGACCCCUCUAAUUAAUAGCGAUGGAGUGUGAGACCGUCUUACACGAACGCGACACAAGGGUUAUAACGUAUGAACUGUAUGUUUGCAGUCAUAAAAAACCUGUCUGUGAAAAAACUAUCUUAUCAUAAACAAAAAUGCUGCAUGUGUUAAAAUUACUCUUUUGUUUUGAAGGCUUGGUUAUCAAAUUAUCAUUUGGUUAAGGGUUCUGUAAAAAUAGCAUUUUCUUAAAGGUAAAAUACAGAACAUUUGCGUUUUGUCACUACUUUUUCCGUCACUAAUGUUCGACGCAAAAUCGCGUGUUGAUUAUAGAUACAUAAUUUUAAGAUGCCAAUAUAAUAUUUUAAUAGUUAGAUAGUUGUUAGAUUAUGUUAUUUACCUAGUGUGAGUCUGAUGUGAAGCUGGCAUUUUCCGUUUCACUAGAGGAAUAUUCGUCUGUAGAUUCUUCAAGAUUAACAAUAAUCUUAUCUAUUUCAGUAUCUAAUAACCGAUCGCUGUUUCAGUAUUCAUUCUCGAUUUUUUCUACUUGCCGGCAGCAUUCUUUCCAUUGCUCUUUAGAGUAGCUACUAAACAGCUGUUCACAUAAUGUCUUCUUGUCUUCGAGUGAGGAUGAAAUUUCAUCGUACACUUGUCCUUUAAUAUAUCCCCACACUAACUCAAUGAGAUUGAGGUCAGGAUGAUAUAGUGGAAGCCUGAUUACUUCGUGGGAGUUCAUUUUAAUGAUUUCGUCAAUUUUGAAAGUUUUGGUAGUGGGCACUUGUUUUGCAAGUAAUAGUAGGUUGGCUUUUGUUAGGUCAGAGGAGAAAAUUACGUUGUUUAUUUUUAGCCACUCUUGAAUCACUUAUUUGGUGUUAGCAGAAGUCUGCUUCUUAUUUGUCUGUAUAUUGUGAUACAUUGCAUUGUCGAGAACAAUGACUGAGUUUUCAGGCAAAUUUGGAAGCAGUUUAUGUGUAACCCAUUUCGAAAAGUUUUUGAAAUUCAUGUCAUUAUGAUAAUCUCCCGUUGUUUGUUUUGACCAGAAUAUCAACAAUUCAUUCUGUACAAAUCCUUCCUCUUCUCCUGCAUUCACAAUUAUUAAACGCUGGCCUUUCCUGAUUGGCUCUGUAACACCCAGCUCAUUGUCCGUUUACCAACAAGAACUAACGCUGUGGGUAGCAUGUAUGUACGUUUCAUCUACAUAAACGAUUGAACGACGAUCGUUUUGAAACUUGCACAUUUCUUGUAGGAAACCUCCCCUCCAUGCUGCUAUAUCAGGCUUCUCAAUCAAAAUCCUUCUCCUUGACUGACACUUCGUCCAACGGAAUCCCAGUCUCUUUAACAGUUUUCUCAAAAAUUCUUUACUGCAGUCCAAAACACCAUCAUCUCGGAAAGCCGUCUUUAAUUUAUUUAAAGUUGGCACAGUUUACCGGACGGUGUAAAAUUCAUGCACUUUUCUCCUCACAGCACCACACGUAAAAUUGUCAACUUCUAACCGUUUUUUGCGAUCUUUUUUUUUGCCAGUAGGUGUUGAAAAAUUCAGACCAUUUUCACUAUCCCCUCAGCCAAAAUCCUUUUUACCGUUGAUUCAGACACACCCAUCGCAGCACUUGUCGCUUCAGUAACAUUGUAUUUUAAACCGUACAGCAACUUCUUUUCUUUCAGAUGCGUUGCAACGUUGUAUACAAUUUCACGCGCCUGUCUUCGCAAGGGUCGUCCUGGAAUAAGGUUCGACUUAAUUCCCGAGGUUGAGAUAGGCUCGCUUGUUGUACCGUGUAAUCCAGGUCCCGGCAUGACGCGCUGAUGCAAUCCUCACGCAGCCGAGUGAAGCGCAUAACUGAUCCCCUCCACUUCCCCAUGCGGCUAUCACGUGACGGUAGUGUGCGUCAGGCCACAAAUUGGGGUCUGCGCAAGUUCACAAGUAUCUUGCUGGGUUAUUGUGACAUGUUGUGGUUGUUUUGAAAGAGAACUAAUAAGUUUAAUUUUAAAGUUAAUUUUCUUUAUUUACAGAGGGAUUAGGAGUUUUUUUUAAACCUUGUUUAGUUUGGAAUUUAAAGACAAUAGCUUAGUAUAAAUGUGUACUAACAGUUGUAGUUCACAGUUCUGAUAGGUAGGUAAGAUGAUUUUACUGGGUUAAUGAUUUAUUUUUAUUUGAUUUUAAGUGAUGUAGACUAGACAAUGAAAGGGUUCUGAAAACCUUAAGAAACUCAAGAAAUUGUAAUUUAUUUUAAUUAAAGGACACCAGAAUUUAAAUUUUUUAAUUAGUAAUGUUUGAAAAUUUCAUACUUUACAAGAAAAGUUAUUAAAAAACUGAUGGGAUGAAACAAAGGAUGCAGUAAAUCACAGUUUCAGUUAGUUGAUUUGCUUUUGAGGUUCUGAAGGAAAAGUCUAAUUUAAAAUUUUGAAUAAAAAUGUUUUUUUAAUUUGUUUGAAAUAAAAAUUUAAAUGGUAGUCAUGGUCUAGGUGGGUGAUGGGAAUUAGCCACUCUUUUUCCCUAUAACCUCCCUAACAUGGCCUAUUACAUCUAACAGAUGGAAAAAAAGAAGACGAAUAAAAGUGAAGCAUUAUUAUGAGUUAGACUUUGUUUUCAUGAAGAUAACUUGAUGAACUCUUAAUUAUUGUUUGGAAGAAUAGUAGCAAGGUUAAUCAGAUGUUUAUACUCGGAGGAAGAAGAAGAAGAUAAAGCUGUAUUUAUUGCUCGAGAAGCCAGAGAGUGGUGUUUCCCUCUGAGCUUUUAUUGACUUCGUUGUUUACUCACAUGGGAUAGCUGGUUCGGCACCAUGGAGAGAGAUUGGUGGGCAUUGUGGUUGCCCCCAGAAGAAAAGAAGAAUAGAAGAGGUGAUGGAUGGGUGGGUCAUGUAAGUGACCUUCAACCCAGUUACUUUGUGGCGACUAUAUGAAGUUGUAUAAACCAUGUCAAGACUCAAGUGUUAGGGAAAAUCAUUGGAGGUCAUGUUUUCCUUCCUUAAGUUUUUCCUGUGAAAUUAUUCUCCAGAUUAGACUAUGCUAAGGGUGGGGUACUUUAUGGUAGCAGUUGAAUUUAAAAUGAAUUUUUUUUGUGUUUGCAUCCUUACUCAUCGAUUGCAGUUUAGUUGUUAGUUCUGUAUUUGUAAGGCGUGUUGGUAAUGCCUGUUGAUGAUGUUUCAAAAUUGUAAUCUGUUUGUGGUGAGGAUGGCUCAACUCCGAAGUAGAUGUUGGGAGAAGAUGUGAGCUGCCCUGGAAGCCAGUCCAGUAGCUGUUGGAGUUUAGUGGUGUUUGUUGAUGGCCAGACCAGGGAGCUACUCUUCUCGACCACACUGACUUUGGGGUGUUGCACCAACCUUCACGAGAUAAAGAGUUUAAUUAAUUUGACACACUGAUAAAAUGUUUUGUAGCAAGUCUCGAUUGGACAGUUCCUGUACGGAAAAUAUUUGGUUUAGUCUUGAUAUUCGUCUGGAAGAAUGCCUCUACAGGGACAUUUUAUAGCUGGUCCAGACUAUCAACCUGACAUCAGAAACAUCCUUGGAGAAGUAGUAAACCUGGUGAAAAAUGUUGCAGCCUCUUUGGAAAAGUUGAGUGCGGAGAAUGUGGACUUAAAGCUUCAGAUAAAAUCCGUUGGAAAUCAAUUGGGUACCGUACGAGCCGAUUUUGAUGCUUUCAAGAAUGAAAUGGAUAACUCAAAUAAAAACGUGAAAAAUGUUGCAGCCUCAAUGGAAAAGUUGAGUGCGGAGAAUGUGGACCUAAAGCUUCAGAUUAAAUCCGUAUUGGACACAGUACGAGCCGAUUUUGAUGCUUUCAAGAAUGAAAUGGAUAACUCAAAUAAAAACGUUUAUGCCAUUCUGAGUACCAUCAAAGAAGAUUGUACAUAUUGUAGAAGUGAACUUGCACAAAGUUCUCCUGAGCAAAGGAGUAGCUCGGAAAGCAGCGUAGAACUCAUCACUGAAAUACCAAAACAGUUGCUGGAGGCGUACAGGUCAACGAAAGACUGGGCCGCCCUGAGACGAGGUCUGGAGGCCGUCCUGCACCAGGACAGCGCCGCGCGCAAGCAACUACAAGGCAUCCAGAGUGUCCGGUCUGGGUUCGUGAGAGCCUGGCCGCUGUACGAGGUCGGCGAGAAGGGCCACCUGGAGCUGGCGACAACGCUGCUGUCCCACGGGGUGCUGGUGGACGUCAAGGACCAGUUAGGGUGCACGAUGCUGCACGGCGCGGCGGGCAUGGGCCACUUGCCCGUGGUGGAGCUGCUGCUGUGCCGCGGGGCCACGGUGGACGCCCGCAGCUCCAUCGGGAGGACCCCGCUCAUGCUGGCGGCGGAGUCAGGCCACCUGGAGGUGGUGCAGCGCCUGGUGCUGGCCGGGGCCAGCCUGACCGCCCAGUGCAAUAGCGGCCGCACGGCCCUGGACUCGGCGCGGAAUAUCAGACAGACCCCAGUGGUGCAGUGGCUCUCUCAGCAGCCACAAUAGCCCGGCGCUCAAGGCAUCAUCACAGAAGAAGCCAGGCCUGCUCGGUCACGAGACACAGUUGCACUGCGGCCAAACUGUCAUCUUUUAUAAUUAUUCAAACACUCUUGUUGAAUGCAAUUCAUGUGCCGGGAAAAUACUACAAGUUUCAGCCUUUUUUUCCCUAAGAUGAUACAUAUUACCUACCUCACAAUUAUUAACUUUUAAUAUUUUGAGUAUGUUGCCAAUAAUUUUUCAAGGCUGGUUUUAUAUAAAAAAUUCUCAUAGCUUAAAUAUGCAUUUUAAAAUGAAUCCGCUAUAGAGUGUGUAUCUUAAAUACUACUUUCCAUACAAAUAAGUGUAAUUUUAUUUGUAAAAUAUCAUGUGUGUCAUUACUGAGUUAUCUCUGAGCAUUGCCACCGGGUUCAUUGCCACCGGGUUCACAAAGAUGUAGCCUACUUACGUAUCGUGUAAGCUUUAUUAAUCUUUGUACACUGAAUUACUGAAAUACACUUUCAGAACGUA